AUGGGUCUCUUCGCUCUCCUGUGUCUCCCCACGUUUUUCUUCCGUGUCCUCGUGCUCUCCCACAGCAGCAGCAUCAAUGAGCGGUCGGCGGUGCCUCGCGCCGUGGUCCGCUCCGUGGCUCGUAUGGAUGGAGACGUGAUCAUCGGUGCGCUCUUCUCCGUCCACCACCAGCCGUCUGCGGAGAAAGUGGCUGAGCGGAAGUGCGGGGACGUCCGCGAGCAGUAUGGCAUCCAAAGGGUGGAGGCCAUGUUCCACACGUUGGACCGGAUCAACGCUGAUCCGAACCUGCUCCCCAAUAUUAGCCUGGGCUGUGAGAUCCGAGACUCUUGCUGGCACUCCUCUGUGGCCCUGGAGCAGAGCAUCGAGUUCAUCCGGGACUCCCUCAUCUCCAUCCGGGAUGAUAAGGACGGGUCCAAAUGGUGCAUUGACGGCACCCCGUCCCACCAGCCUCCACCGUCUAAGAAACCCAUUGCAGGAGUGAUCGGACCGGGAUCCAGCUCUGUGGCCAUUCAGGUGCAGAACCUCCUGCAGCUCUUCAACAUUCCGCAGAUCGGCUACUCUGCCACCAGCAUCGACCUGAGUGACAAGACUCUGUUCAAGUACUUCUUGAGGGUCGUGGCCUCAGACACCCUCCAGGCCCGGGCCAUGCUAGAUAUUGUCAAGCGGUACAACUGGACCUAUGUAUCUGCAGUGCACACUGAGGGAAACUAUGGGGAGAGUGGCAUGGAGGCUUUCAAGGAGCUGGCCUCUCAGGAAGGCUUAUGCAUCGCCCACUCGGACAAGAUCUACAGUAACGCAGGGGAAAAGCACUUUGAUCGCCUUCUGAGGAAACUACGGGAGCGUCUACCCAAAGCUCGUGUAGUGGUGUGUUUCUGUGAAGGCAUGACUGUACGAGGUCUCCUGAUGGCCAUGAGGAGACUUGGGGUGUUCGGGGAGUUCCUCCUCAUCGGAAGUGAUGGGUGGGCAGACCGUGACGAGGUUGUGGAGGGUUAUGAGCAGGAGGCUGAGGGAGGAAUCACUAUGAAGCUGCAAUCGGAGGUGGUCAAAACCUUUGAUGAUUACUACCUAAAGCUGCGCCUGGACACUAACACCAGGAACCCCUGGUUCUCUGAAUUCUGGCAGUACCGUUUCCAGUGCCGCCUCGAAGGCCACCCACAGGAGAACAAAAACUACAAGAAAGUCUGCUCCGGAAAUGAAAGUCUGCAUGAAAACUAUGUUCAGGAUAGUAAAAUGGGAUUUGUCAUCAAUGCCAUCUAUGCCAUGGCUCAUGGCCUCCAUGAUAUGCACAAGGAGUUGUGCCCAGGGCAGCCAGGGCUCUGUGAAGCCAUGGACCCCAUCGAUGGCAGCAAGCUGCUGGACUAUCUGCUGAAGACCUCCUUCAGAGGAGUCUCUGGAGAGGACAUUUAUUUUGAUGAAAACGGAGACACCCCAGGAAGGUAUGACAUCAUGAAUCUACAGGGUGUGGGUGAUGGUCACUACGACUACAUAAACGUGGGCUCCUGGCAUGAGGGCAUCCUAAACAUUGAUGACAACAAGCUGUGGUUGAACAGCAGUGACAUGGUCCGCUCAGUCUGCAGCGAGCCUUGCUCCAAAGGACAGAUCAAGGUGAUCAGGAAGGGCGAGGUGAGCUGCUGUUGGAUCUGCACCACAUGCAAGGACAAUGAGAUCGUCCAGGAUGAGUUUACCUGCAAGGCAUGUGAGCUGGGAUGGUGGCCCAAUGAUGACCUGGAAGGCUGCCUGCCCCUGCCUCUGAAGUAUCUUGAUUGGGCGGAUGUGGAAUCCAUGGUGGCAGUGGCUUUCUCCUGCGUGGGCAUCCUGAUCACUUCCUUUGUCACCUUUGUGUUCAUCCAGUACCGUGAUACACCUGUGGUUAAGUCCUCGAGCAGAGAACUCUGUUAUAUCAUCUUGGCAGGCAUCUUCAUGGGCUACAUCUGUCCAUUCACCUUAAUCGCCCGUCCAACAGUGACCUCCUGCUACUUGCAGCGGCUCCUGGUGGGCCUUUCAUCUGCCAUGUGCUACUCUGCCCUGGUAACCAAAACUAACCGCAUUGCCCGCAUUCUGGCAGGCAGCAAGAAGAAGAUCUGCACCAAGAAGCCCCGUUUCAUGAGCGCCUGGGCCCAAGUGGUGAUUGCCUUUAUGCUGAUUAGUAUGCAGCUAACUCUGGAGAUCACACUCAUCAUUCUGGAGCCUCCUGAGCCCAUCAAGUCCUACCCGAGCAUACGUGAGGUCUACCUCAUCUGUAAUACUAGCAACAUAGGCAUGGUGGCGCCACUGGGCUACAACGGCCUGCUAAUCAUGAGCUGCACCUACUAUGCCUUCAAGACGCGGAACGUCCCGGCCAAUUUUAAUGAGGCUAAAUAUAUUGCCUUCACAAUGUACACUACCUGCAUCAUCUGGUUGGCCUUUGUGCCAAUCUAUUUUGGCUCAAACUACAAGAUCAUAACCACAUCCUUCUCCGUCAGCCUGAGUGUAACAGUUGCACUGGGGUGCAUGUUCACACCUAAGAUGUACAUUAUCAUUGCCAAACCAGAGAGGAACGUCCGAAGUGCCUUCACCACAUCUGAUGUGGUGCGAAUGCACGUUGGAGAUGGAAAGUCGCCUCAAUGCAAGAACAGCAGCAUCCUCAAUAUGUUCCGCCGGAAGAAGCCUGCAUCGGGCAAUGCCAAUUCUAAUGGCAAGUCUGUGUCAUGGUCUGAAUCAGGUGCAAGACACCCUCCGAGGGGGGGGAAUGUGUGGCACAGACUGUCUGUGCAUGUGAGGAAACAGGAAGCCGGCUUGAAUCAGACGGCGGUCAUCAGGCCCCUAACUAACACCCCCGACCCCCACAGUUGUGAGCCCUCCACCUGUGACCUUGGCACAGAACCACAUCCCCCCCAAGAACCGCGUGGUGCUAAGCCUCUGUACAACCUGGUGGAGGAGGACGACGAGGGCGAUUCGCAGCGCCCCCUCUGGACUCCGACUUGCUCUGGACAGAUGCAAGGGCUGGAGUCUAAUUUAAAUAAGCCGGCUUCUUAUUUGCCCUCUCACUUGAAGGGCUGCACCGCAGAGCGCUUGCAGGGGGCUGUGGUGGACACACACAGCUCCUAUGUCCCUGCACUGAAUGACCACGCCACUGGGGAGGCAAUCCCUGCCAACGAGCCUUUGAGCUUGACCCCCUCUCAGCUUCCUUUGGCCCCACAAUUGGGGACAUUUGAAGAAGAAGGGUCUGAGGACGAGGAACUGGAUCUCUUGCACAGCUACAUUUAUGAUGCCAAGGAGGAGGGGGAGGGGUUGGACAGAGAAGGUGAGGAUUUAUCUCAGAACAAGCCAACUCUGGAGGAUUCCCUAGCUUUGUCGCCCCCCUCCCCCUUCAGAGACUCUGUGUGUUCGGGGGAGUCUGUCAGCGACUCCCCCAUCAUGGAGUCGAUGCUCGGAAGCCCUCCGAGCUCAGUCUACACCUCAAACGUCCUCGGAGACUUUGCACACAGCUCCUCAACACUGUGAGAGCAAAACAGGCGCUGACACACUUGUGCAUCACACAGACGUGCAUUUCCACAUACAGGUUCCCCACACACACACACACACACACACACACACAUAUAUACAUACAUACAUACAUACAUACAACAACAAUUCUUUUAUUAUCAUUUCAGGUUUUUAGCAUUUAUGCUUUGCUGUCAUUUGCUUGCUUGUAUUUAUUACUCUGCUUUUAUAAGUAAGGGGUUAAUCAAAAUUAUAAGUAGAGGAAUCAUCCAUGAGUGCUUACAUUUCUGAAGGGCUGAGAGUACACAAAGCCUUUCUGUAACAUGUUAAACUGGGAAGAGUGCCAAAACGGGUCAGCUCUCAUGCCAAAUUGUGAUAAAUUAAGCAACACUGAAAAUCAAAAUGAAGGAUGUAGCUGGGGUUCUCAUAAUGGCAGUGCAAUGAAAUGGUUGAUGAGAAACAAAUGGAAGGACAAACACAUUUCUGUGUAUAUAUAUUUAUAUAUAUAUGUGCACUGUAAGAUACAUCCAGAGUCCAAAGUGGCUCUAAGUAGUAGCUCAAGUGCAUUUCAUGCCAGUUUUGAUUAGCUCAGCUUCUCUCUGCUGCACAUGUACAGGUCUGUUCAUGUCUGUAGCAGUCGCAGCUGCAUCGAAAAACUAUUCGCCUUUUUUCAUAAAUUGAUUUCACCUCAGCUUUUUCUCAUCUGACCUCAUCGUAAGUUGGUUGAAUAUUACUUUUAUGUGUUAUGAGGUGUGCACAAAAAUAUGAUCACUAAACUGAGUUUCUGCUGAAGGCUUGCGCUGUAUGAUAUAUAAUAUGGAUAUAAUGUGCCAAUCAAAGUUGUUAUCAACCUACAUCCCUGCUUUCAGUUUUUACAAUGCAGCUGAUACAGGUUAGUGUGAUUGUAGAUGAUGGCGAUGUUGUUAAUUCAGCUUCCACUCGAUCAUAACCCUGAGAACAAGUUUCAUGAGCAUGGGACGUGGUAAAAGAACUACUUUUGCUUUCCAAUGCCGUGUUGAUAUUUCUCAUGUUUUCUGAGUUUGCUGUGUCAUUGUAAUGAAAACACAGUACUUGUACAAGUUCUCAAAGUUUGUAAUACUGUUAAGCCAUCUCUUGUUUUUCACACAGGUGGUAUGUUUGUAAUACUGAUACAUGUUUCUAUAUUUAGAAUGUCAACAGAAAAAAAGAGUUUAUACAUUUUGAAACUGUGCUCAGAAACUUAUCAAGGAGCAGUGUGUUUGGUUUUUGGGUAACAUUUAAGCUAACUUGAGUCAACUGUAUCCUCUUGAAAAUAUUCAGUUGUAAAAGUAACCAAUAAUUUGUUGCUUCUUGUAAUGAGAUUAUACAUGUUUCAAUUUUGCUUCAAUCUAGCAUUAUAUACAAGUAGUUUACUUGAAGUUAAGUUCCUUAGUUCUUUAUCUAUAAGAAUGCAAAUUAUUUUAAAGUACAAGACUAUACAGUACAUAGUGCAUUGUAUUGUAUGUCCAAAUGUUUUUAGUCUAUUAUAGUGUAAGUUGUUAAAUGAUUUUAACCAAUGUAAAAUAUACGAAGGAGCCACCUGUUUAACACUGUCGAAUCUAGAGUGAA